AUGGCAUACGGCAACAUGAAGCACUUUCCGUACAUGGGAAUGUGCUUAGACAAGUUCUUACGAAUCUUUCCACUGACGCUGCGCGGCCUCCCUAGCGAGACACCCUUGGACGGUAUCAAGAUCGUGGGUGGCUAUUUACCCGGCGGCGCGAUCGUCUCCAUAUUAUCGUUCGUCGCGCACCGCAGUGAAGCCUCCUUCCCGCAAGCCGAAAACACCGAGCUCGUCACCGCGUCCACAUUCCUCCCUACGAUGGAGGGCAUGAUGCCCAACGGGGCGUUCAGGUUUCACUGCGAUAUCUGCUCCAUUGUUCGAGUGUUUAUUAUCUCCUGCUGCGCCGAAGUUAAAGGCAUGCUGCUGGAGGCUAUCCGGGAGGUGUUCGCAAAUGGAUUCGAAGUCGAUUUCUCGACACAGUGGCGGAGGGACUUCGCGCAUUGGCGAAGAAAAUAG